AUGAAUUGCAACUCUUCAGCGAAGUUUGAUCUUGAGCAAUUAGCGCAAAUUAGCGCUGAUCUAGACGCCAAAUUCAUCGGCGCAGGUGCAAAGAACAACACUUCUUCAAAUAUUUCAAAAAAAACCCUCGAGUUGUUUGACAAGUAUGACGUACAGGGUGCUUUUAAAUCCAACAACAUUACUAUUGGAAAUGAAAAAAAAAAACGAACAAGAAUAAGCAAAAUAAAAUCCUGCGACGAAUAUGCAUCCAAGCGCAAUAAUAUAAGCAUGGAUUUCGACACAUUAGUAUUCACUCUAUCAUGGCCACCUACAGUAUGUUACAAAUAUUUGAAAAGUACUCGAAACGCAUCUUGGAAAUUUCCACUAAAAACCCAAUGGUCCAUCCAUGGUUUAUGGCCAUCGAGAAUUGCGAGAAGAGCUCCAGAUUUUUGUAACUGUACACGGAAAUACAAUCCUGCUGAAAUAGAAACUUUAAUGCCAGAACUCGAAAAAAAGUGGACAAACGUAUUGAACCAGAGUGACCCGCACUACCUUUGGAAUCACGAGUGGUCAAAACACGGCACUUGUGCCAGUACAGUUGAUUCGUUGAAUACUCAAUUCAAGUAUUUUAAUCAAACGCUUGAGCUUUUUGAUAAAUAUAAUAUAUCUUCAGUGCUUAGCAAAAAUGAAAUUGAGUUAGAAGGUACUUACAAACAGAUAGAGAUCCUAGAAGCCUUCGAGAAAUCUCUGGGAAAACAGAUUGGCAACAAUUGUAUCGUUCAUUAUGUAAAUGACCGUACGAGGAAAUACUUCUUGAGCUCAGUACAUUUGUGCUUCGACAAAUCUUUCAACUUAAUAGAUUGUAUUAAAAAUAAACACUUCCCAACAAAUUGUCCAUCUCCUCUGAGUAUUUCUGCAGAAGUAGAAUAUAGUACUAUGGAAGAAAUAAUAAACCUUAUUUGA